UGGAAAGAUGGCCGACUCGAUGAAAUAUGUGAAGCUGAAGCGGAGUGAAACGUGUGGCUUUGGGUUCUCUAUCCUCGGAGGAGCCGGCUCGGAACUCCCACCGAUCAUAUAUGACAUCAUUGAGGGCUCUCCGGCUGCUAAUUCUUGCCAGUUAGCCCCAGGUGACAUCAUAUGGGAGGUGAAUGGUCAAGAAGUGAUCACAUUCACCACAAAAGAAGUCCUUAAUUGCCUGCGUUUAUCGGCUUCAGAAGUGACGCUAAAAUUAAAAACUGCAGAUGCAGGGAUUCAGCAGCGAGUGCAGCAGUACUUGGCUACUCCAAACAACUCGGAUGUGUUGCGAACUGCCAUAACCCGAGAUGAUUUGCAAGGGGUAAGACACAUCAAGGCCAAGAAAUCAUCGAGCCGAACACCACCAGAGCAAUCAUCAUCCACACCUCCAUCUCUCCCCAGCCCUACGCUUUCAGAUGCCUCAGAUCGUGCGACCAUCAGCCAUGGCUCAAACCACACGGCGUCUGAGAAUGGUAUACACGUGAAAGAUAGAACUACAGCGGAAAAUGAGCGCAACAAGCAGAAGCCCAAAAAUGAAGCAUACUUGAUGACAGGUGAUCUGAUCUUGAAUCUCUCACGGACUUCCCACGAUCCCAGUUGGCUUCCGCAGCAGAGAACUGUUGAUGAUUUAAGAAAGUCAGGUAGCUGUAGUGUCCCUACGAGUCCUAAUGAAACAUACUUAGGUGGUGGCAGGCUAGCCAAGCAUGAAGUGGGAAGUCCGCAGAGUUUGUGUUCGCCGGUCUCAGCUGACAGUAAUCCUAGCGGUGUGCAAUUUACUUAUCCCCCAACUAGCACGGCAGUGAGAAUAUCCAAGUCUGAGGACCAUUUACAGUAUCAGAAGGAUAAUAUGUGUGCUGUUAACAUAGAGCUUGAUGAUGAUGUUACGUCUUCACUAAACACGCUGCUAGAUACCCGUGAUGACCCCAGUAAUUCCCCUGUCCCCAGUGAGGAGUGUGAUCAUCGCAUUGUGUGGACAUUCAAUGCCCCAACUUCCCCAGGUAGUGUUCAUUCAAGUCAUGACUCUGAUAGCCCAUUGAUUCGGUCACCCUCCCCUACUUCCCCCCAGUCUCCCACCUCCUCCAUGCAGUACUCAUGUAGUGGAGUGUACGAUAAAAUGUGUAGUGGCCGGGAUUCCUUAGGCAGCUCUAACCGAUCAGAGAAUGUGUGCUCUAAUAGCUCUAGCCUAACUAGUCCGGACACUGAUGUGCCUGAUGAACUUGAGUGGGACGAUACAACGCCAACAUUACAAAUCCCUUCUGCUCAUGCCAACGGUUUUGGUGCCAAAGAUUUACUUCCUAAUGGACAUAAUAUGGGGGGUGUAAUGACAACUGAAAGUAGAAGUCUAGUCACUGAUAAAGCCAAAGUAAGGAAACAGGAUGAAAAUCGCAUUGUGAUACGAGUGGAAGGCCCUGACAUGAACAGCUCAAGAAGAAGACCAACGCAGUUAAGCCGAGGCGAUGAGCAGAUACAUCAUGACCCACAGGACAGUUAUGAUGCAUCGUGUGACCCCGACCUGACCCCAACUAACACAAGGCCCCCCACACCUGGGUCAGGCACUCUGUCCCCAGAUACCCUUGCCUACCAGGAGUUGCGUGAAUCUGAGGAUGAAAUUACCUGUCUUUCAGAAGAGGAUGCAGGCAAGACCUCCAUUCGCACCUCAAGUACUACUUCCCCUCCUCUCAGUGAGGAUGAAUCAGAUAUUGACUCCCUACACAGCUUCCACUACAGUCCUAAGGCGGUAGACAUCCCAUCUGCAGUCCGGCUGGCCAAGAGGCUGAUCUCCCUCGAUGGCUUCAAAAAAUCAGAUGUAUCUCGGCAUCUGUCAAAAAACAAUGAAUUCAGUCGGGCAGUUGCAGAAGAAUAUCUGAACUAUUUUGAUUUCCGGGGUGACACCCUGGAUAAAGCCCUUCGGAAAUUCCUUGACAAAUUCUGCCUAACCGGUGAGACGCAAGAGAGAGAGCGAGUGUUAGUCCAUUUCUCCAGGAGAUAUCUUGACUGCAACCCAGGCACUUUCAACUCCCAAGAUGCUGUUCACACCCUCACUUGUGCUUUGAUGCUACUGAACACCGACUUGCAUGGGCAAAGCGUAGGGCGGAAGAUGACCUGCAAUGAAUUCAUCGACAACCUCGCAGAUUUGAAUGAUGGAGAGAAUUUUCCCAGAGAAGUGCUCAAGUCCCUCUACCAAGCCAUGCGAAGCCAGCCUUUGCAGUGGGCUACAGAUGAUGAUGUUGACACUGAAGGCACUGGGACAUCGAAGACAGGCAGUUCAAGUGGUGAUUCUCAGGGCGUAGUUGUUGGGAGCAACCCAUUCUUAUCUCCACCUACGGGCAAUGGCAUUGUCUACAAAAAGGGCUACAUUAUGCGAAAAUGCUGCACAGACCCAAAUGGAAAAAAGACUGCAUUUGGGAAACGAUCAUGGAAGAUGUGGUUCUGCGUUGUUCAAGACUUGGUGUUAUAUCUACACAAAGAUGAACAAGGUGCGAGACGCGGCCCACAGCAUGCUCAGUUAGGGCACAAUGCCAUCCGACUACAUCAUGCUCUUGCAACUAGAGCACACGAUUAUUCUAAGAAAGAACAUGUAUUCCGAUUACAAACUGCCGAUCAAGCUGAAUAUUUACUACAAACCAGUGAUAGCAAAGAACUCCAAGCCUGGAUAGACACAAUCAACUUAGUGGCAGCCAGCUUGUCUGCCCCACCUCUUCCAGGGGCAGUUGGGUCCCAGCGCAAGUUCCAGCGACCUCUCUUGCCAUGCAGCAUCACCAAACUAAACUUGACGGAACAGUUGGAGGACCACACGGAGAGGUUAGCUCAACUAGAACGCGAGUUGGAGGACCACAAGGCUCACCCGCCAGAAAAGACAUCAAGAGCUGCCACAGCUUCUAAUUACCGUGAGAAGGAAGCAUACCUUAAUAGUGAGGUGAAGAGAUAUAGGACAUACGUAUAUCUUCUCCGAUCCCGUUUGACAUCGCAGCAGUCUGGCCAGCAAGGAACAAAUGCUGGAAUAGAUGUUGGAGAUCUGCCAGUGUUUGAAGCCCGGCCAGCAGGGGAGGGGGCAGAAGGGGGGGAACGUGGGGCCCGGGUAGUACCGCCACCCAUCCCUGAGCGGGCACGGCCUGGUGACAGCCCUCCUCCGACUGCCAAGUUUUCAACAGAAAGCAAAUCACCCGAAACCUCAUUAGGCAUUGCAAGUGAAGGCAGCCAGGUUGCACCAGCGCAGAAUGGGGACGAUGCACUGACUCUGAAAAAUAACAAAUUGGAGGAAAACAAAAUUGGCGAAUUAGAAGACAGUGUAAGUAAUAAAGGGACUCUGAAGAAGAAGAGUAAAGAAGAGAGAGAGAAAAAGAAGCUGGAGAAAGAAAAUGAAAAGUUUAUGAAAGAAAUAGAAAGGAAAGAAAAAGAGGUUGAGAAGAAGGAAAAGGCAAGGGAAAGAAAGGAAAGGGACUUGGAGAAAAAGGAAAAAGAAAAAGAGAAGAAGGACCAAGACAAGAAAGAGAAAGAGCAACAGCAGAAGGAGAAGAAGCAGAAGGAAAAGGAGAAAAAGAAAUGGGAUCCAAGCCAAGUAGAUAAUGACAAAGAAAUAAAGGAAAAGGAAAACAAGGAACAGGAAGACAAACAGAAGGAAACACCAGAUGAGGACCCAAGGAUUGGCACUCUCAACAGACUCUCAGCCCUCUUCAAGUUCAGUAAACUCAACAGCAAAAGUGGCCAGAGCGAAGAUGACAACACCAUCAAAAAGGGCCAUACUGUAAGACCUGCGACAGACCCAGAAGCACCACCUUUACCUCCUAAACCUUCACCCAAUUCUCCGAUAAUGAAAAACUUAGGGACAAGGUUAGAUAUAUAAGUGAAUCAUAGGGCAUUAUUUUUCUUUUCCUUUUUGAAGCCUAUGCUAUUUUAUAUUGUUUUUAAGUUUCUUUUCUUUUCACUUUUUUUUCCCAAGAAGUAAAACAGUAUUUAUGUGAAAUACAUUGAUUCUUGUUCAUUUUCUCAGUCCAUGGUGAGGGAGGAUAUGUGCCUAUCACAAACUCAAAGAAAAAAAAUUCUCUCUAGGUUUCUGUAGAGUAGAAUUACUAGAAAAAUUAGAAUAACAUAAUAAAGGGAGUUAUAUUUGUAGUUGACUUAAGGUGCUGCAUGUAACACUGAUAUAAAAGAUGUUCAGCUAUUAUAUAAUAUUAUAUGCAACACUUGAUUUCUUCACAAACUUUUGCCUUCAAUUUGUUGUAUGCUUCUAUAUUUGUAAAGGGAAGAUUUAUUCUUUCUGAUACACCAAUGUCCUUUCUUAACAAUUUUGUGGAGAAAGUGGUCUUCCAGUAGCUGUCUUGUGUGCAGUGUGGUCACUACCCUAGUUAGUUAAAGUAUAUCUGGAGUACCUAAUCCAUAGAUGAUAUAUCAUUUAUUUGUUUUACCAUAGAUAUACAUUUUAUAUGUUGUUACUGUUGAAUGCUUUAUUAACAUAGAAUAUGUAUUAAAAGAAAAGGAAAGGUCUAUAUUCAUUAGACACUUUUUCAUACUAGAUAAUACCUGAUUGCCAUGUAGUGCUCAGGUUCUCUAGUAUUUCAGGUAGAGAAAUAAAACAAGCAUAAAUUAUAGACAGUGUAUGAGCUUAUCUUCAUUGCAUUAGAAUUCUGUAUUUGUAUGCUUCUUUGUAGUUGCUUGUGUUGGCGUGUUUGUGUGUGUGUGUGUGUGUAUGUGUGAGAGUGUUGUUUUCUGUUGCUCCUAUUUAUUUAUUUAUUGCUUUAAUUGUUUUAAGAAGAAAUGCCACAUUGUAGCCACUUUCAUGUUCUAUUAAUUUAGAUUGUUCAAACACUCAUAAGACUUAAGGAUCAAUUGCCAUUUAACACUAUUGAGAAAUGUUAGAAUGGACAUAAAAAUAAUUUGCAUAAUACAAGACUGAGCCUCCUGUUCAGGUAUAUGUGUCAUAUGUAAAUCAAGAAAAUUAUGAAACCGGGAUUCAUUUAUAGUUUUAAGCAGAAAGAGGAAUUUGUAAUAUUGUACGUCAGUCUAUUUAACUAGAAUUUGUGACUCCCAGAACACUGAAUUAUUUCUAGUCUUUCUAAGCAAAUUAUGGUACUAGUAUCAUAGUAAUAUGCAUAAUGUACAGGAACAAUUGUGAAUGAUCAUCACACUUCUUUUGCAUAUCCAAGAACAAACAGCAUCAUUAUUUUAUAUUGCAGAGUAUCUAUGUAUGUAACAAAAAUUCAAGCUUUUGUAAACAAAAGAGAGAAAAUUAGCUUUGUCACUGUACUAGCUUCAAAUACAUAUGAAUUUAUAUGUGGGUCAUUUUGUAGUUAAUGAAAGAAAUGUAAUUCUGUUUACAGUUUAGGGCAUAGUAUUAAGUCCAGAAACUUUCAGCUCAGGUUUUCAUUAUUUGGCUUUUCAUUUAGUAUUUUAAUCUGCUUAUUUAUUGAAUUUACCCAAGUGGUGAGUGUUCUGCCUGGAAAUGAAACGUAACUGUUUGUAUACUCACAAUGCUUCAAGGCCAAAAUAUAGGAAUAUUAUCUGAUUUAGAAAUUAUUUUUGGGUGCAUUUACUUAAAGAUGUAUAAGGAUUAGUAUUAAUUUGUUUUAAAUCUGUCUUUUAAAGAAAAUUAUGAAAAAUAUAUAUACAUGUAUAUACAGAUUCACAAGUUUUAGGGUUAAAGCUUAACAAAAAAAAAUUUCUUUAGGUUAUACACAGGUUUUGAAUAUUUAUUGAAUAUCAAAUUUCUGUUGUAUGUAUGAGGCAGUUAUUUUCCUCCAUAAAACAGCCAGCAUAUUCAAGAUUUUUGUAAAAUGGAAUGUGAGGGCACAGUUGAACUGACUUUAGCUGAUUUACUUGUAUCUUCACCUUCAAAUUGAGUAUGCUUGUGAUUGGCAAAGCAUUGACAUUUAAUCUAUAUCAGUUCUAUAUAUGUCUUAAACCUCAGAUCCUGCCAUAUAGAAAAUAUUCCUUGUUUACAGUAUGUUUGUAUGUGCUUGAUUUUGUGUGAAAAGAGUUCAUUAUGCCAAAAUACAGGAAAAGCAUAUGAAGGGGUAUGAAAAAUUUCUCAAUUCAUGAUAUUUAACUGAGGUUUUGAUAAUUCUAUGAAGAUUUUUAACUUUGAAUAAUUACACAUCACAUACUUUGAAAUUAUUUAUUCUCAUGUGUUUUUGUAUGUGUGUGCAUGCGGGAUGUGCAUGCGUGUGUGUUUGUGUGUGUGUGUGUGGGUGUGUGUGUGUGUGUGUGUGUGUGUGUGUGUGUGU